AUGUGGAAUCUUCAAAGUGGUUUUUUCUUGUUCAAGACUGCAGCUGAGAACAUUAUUAAAACCCAAAAAAAAACUCCUUCAUUAGCAUCUAAACAGAACUUACAAGGGAUACCCAUUUGCCAGAAAGCUCUUCUAAUCUGUUCUUUGAUCAAAACGGGCUUCUCUGAGCUUUUCAUUCUUCUUUUCACUCUACAAGCUCAUUUAGCAAUGGCAUCAAGACAACCUAUUGCACCAAAAUCAUACCUGUUUAGUGAAUAUAUAGGUGCAGAAGAUAACAAUGUAAAAUUCUCAGAUGUACCCAUCAACCCAAAUGUGGAGUUUCAUUACAUACUUGCAUUUGCAAUUGAUUAUACAAAUUCAUCUUCUCCCUCACCAACAAAUGGUGAAUUCAAAAUCUUUUGGGAUACUCAUAAUCUCAGCCCUUCACAAGUCUCUUCAAUCAAGAUUUCAUCAGUGGAUUCAUGGGUUUCUAAUGCGGUUUCUUCACUCACUAAGAUCAUCCAAGAGUAUAACUUGGAUGGGAUUGAUAUAGACUAUGAGCACUUCGUUUCAGAUCAAGUUACAUUUGUUGAAUGCAUUGGGAAGCUUAUAACAACUCUCAAGAACAAUGGAGUCAUUACAUUUGCAUCUAUAGCUCCAUUCGAUGAUGAUGAUGAAGUUAAAAGAAACUACAUGGCUCUUUGGACGAGUUAUGCUCACGUCAUAGACUAUGUCAAUUUCCAGUUUUAUGCAUAUGACAAGGGGACGACUGUUUCUCAGUUUAUGAGAUACUUUCAGACACAAAGAGAUAAUUAUGGAGGUGGAAAUAUCUUGGCUAGCAUCACAACCGAAGGAAGUGGAGGUUUAUCACCAAAAAAUGGGUUCUUUACAGCUUGUAAAAGGCUUAAAAGUCAAGGGAAACUUGGUGGGAUCUUUGUAUGGUCUGCAGAUAAUUCAAAAGCUUUAGGUUUUAAAUAUGAAAAGCAAUCACAGGCUAUCCUAGCAACAAGCCACAAGAAUUUUAGUGUGUGA